AUGCCUUUACCUGACACACGCUUUUUACUUCGGCCUUUCUCCAUCGUCAUCUAUCCGAUCUGGACGCUACUGGCCUUUUUCUACCGCCACUCCCCCCUCCGUUUCCUUUCCUCGACUCUCCAGCCCCUUUUCGGACUUCGCAACACCACUGACAUUGACCCCGAGACACCCGAGCCAACAUCUACUACCAACAUGUCGGCCAAGAAGAAAAUCGCCAUCAUGACCUCGGGAGGUGACUCCCCAGGCAUGAACGGCGUGGUGCGCGCCUGUGUGCGCAUGGCCAUCCACAUGGGCUGUGACGCCUAUUGCAUCUACGAAGGGUACGAGGGCUUGGUCCGUGGCGGUGACCUCAUCCGGAAGAUGAAUUGGUACGAUGUCCGCGGGUGGCUCUCCGAGGGCGGUACUCUCAUUGGAACCGCCCGGUGCAUGGCCUUUUUCGAACGCGCUGGUCGCCUUGCUGCUGCCAAGAACAUGAUUCUACACGGCAUUGACGCCCUCAUCAUCUGCGGAGGAGAUGGUUCCCUGACUGGCGCGGAUCGAUUCCGUGCCGAAUGGCCCUCGCUGCUCGACGAACUCGCUGCCAAUGGCGAAUUUACCACCCAGGAGCUUCAGCCAUUCAGACAUCUCAACAUUGUCGGUCUCGUCGGUUCCAUUGACAACGAUCUCUCUGGUACAGAUGCCACUAUUGGUUGCUACUCUGCGCUUGCAAGAAUCUGCUAUGCUGUCGAUCUCAUCGAGGCGACAGCCUCUUCCCAUUCCCGCGCUUUCGUCGUCGAGGUCAUGGGGCGGCAUUGUGGCUGGCUUGCUUUGAUGGCCGGUGUUGCGACGGGUGCCGAUUUCAUAUUUAUUCCGGAGAAACCUAGGGAAGACAACUGGAGAGAGGAAAUGUGCAGCAUCGUUGAGCAUCAUCGCAAAAUCGGCAAGCGGAAAACGAUCGUGAUCAUUGCCGAGGGAGCACUCGACAGAGAGGGGAACAAGAUCACCCCGGCAAUGGUCAAGGAUCUUCUUGCGGACAAGGACGGCCUCGGACUCGACACCAGAAUCACGACACUGGGCCAUGUUCAAAGAGGCGGGACAGCUGUUGCUUACGACCGUAUGCUGGCGACACUGCAAGGUGUUGAAGCCGUCAAGGCUGUUCUCGAGGCCACCCCUGAGACAAAGACCUGCGUCAUUGCCAUCACCGAGAACAAGAUUGUCAGAAAGCCCCUUAUGGAUGCGGUACAAGACACCAAGAAGGUGGCCAAGGCAAUCGAACGGCAGGACUUUGAGGAGGCCAUGGGUCUACGGGACGCCGAGUUCUCGGAGCAAUACAAGUCGUUCAUGAUGACUACGGCGGUCCAAGUAGACAAGGAGCUGUUGCUGCCAGAGAAGGAAAGAAUGAGGAUUGGGUUCAUCAAUGUCGGCGCGCCCGCCGGCGGUAUGAACGCUGCAGUGCGCGCUGGUGUAGCUUACUGCUUGUCCCGAGGGCACGAGCCGAUGGCGAUUUACAACGGCUUCGCCGGAUUUGCCCGGCAUCAUGCCGACAACCCUGGAGCUGUCCGACCCUUCAACUGGCUUGAGGUGGACGGAUGGGCCAGCAAAGGUGGCUCGGAAAUUGGAACGAACCGCGAGCUUCCAGGCGAGUCCGGCAUGGAGACCAUUGCCAACUUGAUUGAGCAGUACAAGUUUGACGCUUUGUUCCUCAUUGGCGGUUUCGAAGCUUUCCAUGCUGUCUCUCAGUUGCGCAAGGCUAGGGAUCAGUAUCCAUCCCUGUGCAUCCCCAUGACAUUACUCCCCGCCACCAUCUCCAACAAUGUGCCAGGGACAGAAUACUCGCUCGGUUCGGAUACUUGUCUGAACGAACUGGUCGAGUAUUGCGACAAGAUCAAGCAGUCUGCCUCGGCUACCCGGAGACGUGUCUUUGUCAUUGAGACGCAAGGUGGACGCUCUGGCUACGUUGCGACGCUCGGUGGUCUUGGUGUUGGUGCGUCGGCCGUGUACACCCCGGAAGAGGGUGUCAGCCUCGAUAUGCUCGCUGCGGACGUGCGCCAUCUCAAAAACGUCUUCGCCCACGACCAGGGCCAGAGCCGUGCCGGUCGCCUCAUCUUGAUCAACGAGAAGGCUUCCAAGGUGUACAAUGCCAAGUUGAUUGCCGACAUCCUCCGCGAAGAGUCACAUGGCAGGUUCGAGAGUCGCGAGGGUAUCCCUGGUCACAUGCAGCAGGGUGGUGUACCGUCGCCCAUGGACAGGUGCCGGGCUGUCAGGCUGGCCAUACGGUGUAUCCAGCACCUGGAGCAGUUUGGCCGCAACGUGCACAACAGGGUCAAGGUGGACCCCAUGAGCACAACGGUUAUUGGCAUCAAGGGCGCGAGCGUGGUCUUUACGCCUGUUAAGCAGGUUGAGGAGGAGGAGACGGACUGGCCCAACAGACGGCCAAAGGCGGCGUACUGGCUGGGCAUGAAGGAGAUUGUCGACAUUCUGGGUGGCCGUCCCAAGUAUGAGCUCCCCGAGUCGGACUUGACUGGUAUCAAGGCGAAGGAUGUCAAGCGUGGGAUUGUGCCGCCUUGA